CGUAUUUCUAGAAAUAAUUUUAUAAAGCUUCAUCGAACCAAGUGUUCACUUCUAAUUAAAAAGGUCAUUGCUUCAGCUAUUUUGGAAGAUCUGUUACACGAUAUAGGAGAUUGUCCUUAUUCUCUAAUAGUCGACGAAAGUACAGAUGUAGCGACGAUAAAAUAUUUAUGUAUUUGUGUACGGUAUUUUAGUAGAAAGAUAAACAAAAUUUUGAUAUGUUUUCUAGGAUUAGUUGAAGUAGAAAAGGUAACCGCAGAUGAAUUAUAUUUAAAAUUAAAAGAAUUUUUAACAAAUUGCGGGUUAAAAAUUACAAAUAUGAUUGGACUAGGGACUGAUGGUGCAAAUAAUCUCUGCGGGCGCCAUAAUUCUUUAUAUACACGAUUAAAAGAAGAUAAUCCUAAACUUCAACUUGUUAAAUGUAUUUGCCAUUCACUCAAUAAUGCAUCGUCCAAAGCAGCUGAGGCGUUACCGUCAAAUUUAGAUUUUCUCUGCAGAGAAAUUUAUGCAUGGUUCAGUCAUAGCUCUCUGAGAAGAAUUGAAUAUAAAAGAUUAUAUGAAAUUCUAAACAAAGGUGACAAACCUUUUCACAAUUUUGUGCAAUUAUGCUCAACACGUUGGCUGUGUAGAUAUAAUGUAAUAAAUAUAUUAUUAGAGCACUACGAUGAACUAAAAACUCAUUUCAGAUUUGUUGUGAAUAAAGAAAAAUGUUAUACAGCCAAAAUGCUCAACGAAAUGUUAAACGAUGAGACUAAUUACUUAUAUUUUAUUAUUAUUAAACCUAUUCUUAAUGAAAUAAAUAAAGUAAACGCUAUUUUUCAAUCAAGUUAUGUAGAAAUCGGAAAUGCGAUUGAAGACUUAAAAAGACUUGUUUUUUUUAUUUCUAAAAAAGUUUUAAAAUCCAUAUUUACCAAAAAUAUUAAUGACAUUGUAAAAAACGUUAAUAACGAACUUGCAUAUGUGGAAGUAAGUAAUAUUGAUUUUGGAAUUGAGUAUUAUAAAUACUGUCAUAAUGCAAAAGAGAAUUUGUCAAAGACUAACAUUGAUAAUGUGCAACAUCGAGUUGGUAUGCAACUUUUAAACCCAAAAAUCUGCCUUUCUAACACUACCAGACCAAAAUUUUGUGAUCUUCCCUUUAUUGAUAUAUUUAUUAAUGCAAAUGAUUUGAGUACAGCUGAAGUUGAAUACAAUUCAUUAAUUAAUGUUAACUGGAAUUUUUUAUACGGAAAUAAUAUAUUUGAAAGUAGUUUUAGUUUUUGGCCUAUUGUAGCACAACAUAAGAAUGCUGGAAAUUUUUUAGCUUUUAAUACAAUAGCACAAUAUGUUUUGAAAAUUCUAACUUUGCCAAUGUCAAAUGCAGCGGUCGAAAGGGUCUUUAGUGUUAUGAAUGCAACAAAGGACAAAAUGAGAAACAGAAUGGCAACUGAAAUGUUAAAUGCACUACUCAUGAUUAAGUCACAUUGUUAUGCAAACCAAUUUUGUUGUAGAAAUUUUGUUUGCACACAGCAAAUGUUGGAAAACUUUAAUAAUAAACAUAUGUAUUUAUGUAAAAACACAAAUGCGUUUGAAGAUGAGCAAUAUAAAGAAGAUAUGUAUAUCGUAGAGGCUGUGAAUGAAGAUAAUAAUGUUGACAAAACUACAAACUUUUGUAGUUCAAAAUAAAUUAUAGAAUAUGCUACAGAAUAAGAUGCAUGAUUAAAAUAUACUUUUAUAGAGAAAUAAAAUCUCGUUUUCUUUUCUUCGCACAUUCGCAUUCUUGUCAAUUAAAAAAUAUCGAUUUAACUGUAAUACUACUACCUAACUAAUUAACUUUAUUUAGUUUUUUUAGAUAACAUAAUAGAAGUACACAAAAUAAUAGAAUAUUUACGAUUAAAAUCUUUUUAGUUCCAUGAAAUGAGUAUUGUUAAAAAUCUGUCCUGUAAUAUGCUUUUAAAAUGUUUUCAAACGUUUUGGUGCAAAAAUGUUGCCAGGACUGGCGCAAUGUGGCGCAUUCGGUUGCCAGGACUGGCGCAUUGAUGUAUCUAAAACCUGGCAACCCUGUAGUCCAACGAUGAUUGGAAUAGUAGAGAGUCGUCGCUGGGUGUGAUUUAUCUCAAAUUUGGAACUCGUGAGUUGCAAGCUUCUAUGCAGUGUUCCAGAUAGCUGUGAAUGUGU